UCGUGCUGUUUGCUGAGCCAGAUGGGUUCUGUUCGUCUUACUGUGAACAGUAGAACAUUUAGCUACCCAGCUCCUGCUAGUACUCCUGCUAGUCCUGUACGCACAUAGUUUUUUUUUUUUUCCAUCUGAGAUGUCAGUUUCAGGAUGCACAGUGAUAAGCCGAGGCCGGCACAUUGGACUGCAGCAGCUGGAAGUGUUGGCGGCAGCAACAAACGCAUUCUUGGGUCCGAAUAAAAGGUAUAAGUUUGUUGAAGACCAGCAGGGAGGGGAGUCGUCCUUGGUGUGUUCAUCCCUCCGUCUCUUGGAACAAUUAGAUCUCAGCUGCGCGGUGGGCCAGUUGCUCUGUGAGACUGUGCAGGCCCAUCACAGGGCGUUUCACACGGGGACCGGGUGUCUGCUGUUCCUGGCGGGAGUCUGGAGUUCAGCCGCGCUGGAGUGUCUCCACAAAGGCAUCCCCGUUCCACACAUUGUCUCGGCCAUGUCGGAGGGGCUGGAGGCGUGCUUGGAAACAUGCAGAUCAAGUUGCUCGCCUGUCAGGGAUGAUCUGUGCACUUCUGGCUCUGGAGAAGGUGAGAAGGGGAGAGGCCUAAAUGAUACUGCACGUGCUGUUUCCCCUAAGCUGGGGUUUGGUGACUCACUGCAUCCAGGCACCAGGAAGCCUGCAGACAUCUCUUCUCUGUCGUACUCUUUCGACGUGAACGCGCCCGGAGCUCGUUCAUCUGGCUGCAAAGAAGGGCAAACGACCCUCACUCACAGGGUACAGGAUUCCCAGAAGUUGAAGCACAGCAGGCAUUUCUGCUUGAAUGAAAGAACAGGGGCCGAAAGCUCAGCGCCAGCGUCGUUGCGACGUUCAGGGGAUUCUGGAAGUGUGAACGUUAUUGGCCUCGCCAGAGCUCUCAGUCACGGUUGUGUGGAGGCGAUGCAGCUAGUCAUUGAGGCGAGCAGGGUUCAGACAGAAGCUCCACAGAAAGGUGGUGUCUGUAGGGUUUUUGAUGUGAAUAAGCUGGUCACGUGUGUGAUGCCUGGCUUGUCUGAGGGGCAUGCAUGUGUGCUCCGAGGAUUUGUCUCUCUUAUCUCUGUUGAGCAAGCUUCAAUCGCCAAACGCUUUAAAGACCAGAACCUGAAUGUCAUUAUUAUCAGUGGAGACCUGAGUGAACAAUACAGACAUUUGGGCUUCAACAGGCCAUCCAAUGUCAGGUUUGUCACAGGGAAUUUGGACAAAUUGGGGUUUAGUAAGGAGAACGAGUGGGUGGAUGAAGUUUCCGCAGCCCUGCUGAGAUUGAAGGUGAAUGUGCUUCUGGUAAACGGAGUGGUAACGGAGAAACUAAUGGAGAGAUGCGUCCGACAUGGACUCCUUGUGGUUGAGAGAGUGAAGCACAACGUUUUGAGAGACUUUGCUGAAACGACUGGAGCCGUGCCAGUCACCUACGCUGCUCAGCUGAACGAGCAGUGUGUGGGCGGGGGAGUACGUGUGGUUGUUUGGGGAGACCACAGCAGACACGGAAAAGCAGAUUUGACGGCUGUCAACGUCCAGGCUGACGGGACCACGCUGGCGACGGCAGUCAUCACCGGCUGCGUGUUUGCCAAGCUGCAGGCGCUGGAGGAUCGGUUCUGGGGCUGCGCUCAUCGUUUGCACCACGCGCUCAAGGACGGCAAAGUCCUUCCCGGUGCCGGCGUUACAGAAAUACUUUGCAUCCGUCGUCUGCACAGACUCGCGAAAGAAGACCGGGGCGGGACACGUGGGGAAGAUGCUGUCUCUGCCCCAGGAACCACUAAUCCAUACAGAGGGACGGUGCUCCAGCAUAUGUCGGAUGGAUGGGUGGAGUACAUUGCUACGCUGAUGUGGAAUUCUGGCACUUGCUCCUCAAAACUGGAGGCUCGGACCAUCAUCAAUCAGUCGCUGGAGCAGCUGGGUGACAUGGAAGAGGCGACGAGAGUCUACGACAAUGUGACAGUGAAGCUGGAGGCCUGGAGGAGGGCCCUGGAUCUGGUGUUCCUGGUGCUUCUGACUGACACAGAGAUCACUACUGGCUUCAACAGUCAAGACACAGAGGACAAAUCAGAUAUCGUGCUGCUUUGA